UUCAGCGCUUCCACCUGCCCGUCCUCCAUACCCCACUUUACUUUACCGGCGGGUUUGUCCCUUUUCCUAAGUACUCAUCACUUUUUUUUUUGUUGUGUUUUAUCUGCAAACUUUGAAUUCUUUUGAAGAAAAGCCAGGACUACAGCGGUUUCACCCCCCCCUCCCCUCCACACACUUCUCCUGAGCAACGUUCAAGUCGCAAGCCAUGCUACUAUCCUCAUCACUACUCCUCCUCCUUGGCCUCCUCACCUGGACGCAAAGUGCAUCAUGCGCUAAAGUGAUUGUGGUCCCGCCCAUCAUGUUUGAAUCACACCUCUACAUCUUCAAGACUCUGGCCACGGCUCUGCACCAGGAGGGCCAUGAGAGCCAUUUUCUAGUUUCAGAGGGUCGUGAGGUGCCCUCCUCUCCUCACUACCACUUACAGCGCUAUCCAGGGAUCUUUAACAGCAGCACGGCUGACAGUUUCCUCCAGUCCAAAGUCAGCAACAUCUUCUCAGGCCGUCUGACAUUUCUGGAACUGUUUGACAUUCUUGACCACUACUCUCAGAACUGUGAUGCUGUUGUUGGCAGUGUUGAGGUAAUGACCCGACUCAAGGAGGCCAAGUUUGACCUGCUGCUGGUGGACCCUAAUGAGAUGUGCGGUUUUGUGAUAGCUCAUAUCCUGGGUGUGCAAUAUGCUGUGUUCAGCACAGGCCUGUGGUACCCUGCUGAGGUUGGUGCCCCAGCCCCGCUAUCAUAUGUACCUGAAUUCAACUCAUUGCUGACAGACCGCAUGUCUCUGGUCCAGAGGAUCACAAACACCGCUGUUUACCUGGUGCAGCGCUUUGGAGUCCAUUAUAUUGCAUUACCCAAGUAUGACCGAAUUAUGAAGAAACACGGAGUCAAGCCUCACGUGGCCAUGGCUGACUUGGUGCAAGGCAGUCGGCUGUGGAUGUUAUGCACUGACAUGGCUCUGGAGUUCCCCAGGCCCACCCUGCCACACGUGGUGUACAUAGGAGGCAUCCUCACUAAGGCCCCAAACCCACUGCCAAAGGAUUUUGAGGCGUGGGUGAAUGAAACAGCGGAGCAUGGCUUUGUGGUGGUGUCGUUUGGAGCCGGGGUCAAGUACCUUUCCCAUGACAUUGCUCACAAACUGGCAGGAGCCCUCGCCAGGCUGCCCCAGCGUGUCGUCUGGAGAUUCUCUGGAGUUCCUCCCAGUAACCUUGGCAACAACACCAAGCUUGUUGACUGGAUGCCUCAGAAUGACUUAUUAGGCCAUGCCAACACAAGGGCCUUCCUGAGCCAUGGCGGCCUGAACAGCAUCUACGAGGCCAUGUACCAUGGGGUGCCGGUGGUAGGUGUGCCCCUGUUUGGAGACCACUACGACACAAUGACUCGUGUUGCAGCCAAAGGAAUGGGUAUUAUGCUACACUGGAAGUACAUGACUGAGGAAGACCUCUACACAGCCCUGACCAGUGUCAUCAAGGACACCAGGUACCGUCAGCAAGCACGUCUUCUCUCCAACAUUCACAAAGACCAGCCGGGCCACCCCGUGACCAGAGCUGUCUAUUGGAUCAGCUACAUCCUCCGUCACCAGGGUGCCAACCACCUGCGCUCCGCCGUAUACGAGGUGUCCCCCUACCAGUAUUUCCUGCUGGAUGUGAUCGCCACUGUAGGAGUUGCGUUGGCUCUGACCGGCUUUACCCUGCACCAGUUGGUGCGAUUGCUGAGGGAGAAGGUCGGGGAUCAGAGCAGAGGAAGUGGUAACACCGGGGAUGAUGGUAACAUGGCCAAUGGACAUUGCCAUAAUGAGGUCAUGGCCAAUGGGAAACACAAAUGCAAUGGCUCGUUGAAAAACGAGAAGAAGAUGAAUUAAUGUUUUAAAUGGCCAAGAGGGACGAGGAAGAAGUUGCCCCAAGGACUCAGCUCUAGGUUUGGUUCAGUGGUUUUAUGCAAGCUUGAAGAGAAAGCUGUUCUUAGGUCUGCGUCGAGAGGCAACUGCUACUCAGAGGGAGCUAGAGGCUGUAGGAAAAUACACAUUGCAUCGUGUGGGGACAGAGCGAGGAAUCGGGUGCUCAAAAUCCGUGUGUUUGUGUGUGUGUGUGUGUGUGUGUGGGUGUGGGUGUGGGUGUAUGCGUAUGUGUGCACUGACACGAAUUUAACUAAAAUUCUUAACAGCAGCUACAGCAACAUAACAUCAAUUUGGAAAGUCAUUGAGGAUGAAACACAGGAACGACACAUUGGAGGACAUUGUUUCUACAUGUUUGUCUUCUCUCCUGCAUGUUCUCUGUUGUCAUCCUGCCUUACUUACAAUUGGAAGCCUGGUAAAGAGGGGAAAACCUGAACGCCAACCCCUCAUCCUCAGAACAAAGCAAGAAAACAAACAGAUAACUUUUGAAAUAUUUAGGAUUUAAUGUUUUUAACUGUAAACUCUGCUUCAAAAUGUGUCUGGUAAACUGUAAAUAGAGGACAAAUCUAUUUAUUACUGUACAAGUGCAUUUUAAAUGUGGACCUUGUGAACCUAUCUUAUUUUAAUUUAUUUCAUGUAUCAGUGGUGUGAUAGCAUGAUGGCACACGUACACUCCCUCCACUAAGCCAACAUCUGCACAACACUGUGUCCUUCAUAUCGGUGAAACAAACAAAACAAAAACUGACAACAGCGGUUAUUGUAAGCAUGCAUAGGCCUGCACUUUCUGCAGUUGCAACCAUCCACAGUUCCACGGUGGUCUUGUUUUCAAACUUAGCAGAGAGUUGAAAAUAUUUUCAGUGUUUUCCCUUUCACAUGGUAGUGCCAACCUGUGACUGCACUGCCAGUUUGUUCUGGUAGAGAGUAACUCAACUCAACUCUGUUUGGCUUAUCAGGGUGAAAAAGGUGAUCAUGUUAAAGCUAUAGUAAUGACAACAACCGUGAAUACUGUGGAUAGGUAGGGCCGGAUCAGAAACGUGCUCAAGCUCAUCCAGUCAGCUGAUCAAGGAUGAGUCAGAGCAUUAUUGAUUUAUGAUUACUUGCUUUGUCAGUUCCACGCCUUCAUUCUGCACCCCUCAUCUAUUUAUUAAUCAGUAAGGAUUCGUCAUUUGAUUGCCAUUGUUAGUCCUACACUUGACUUUGUACAUCAUACCUCUGUGAUUUAUUUGUUGGAUAAUUUCUAACAUGUUGCAAAUGUAAUUUUUAAAUGACAAUGUUCACUCAGUGCUUCUUUCCUCUAAUUUAAAGUCUGAUUGAUUUAGCUCUUGAGGUCCAUGUACAAACUAGGCGGACCUUUUAUAAUUCUGUUAAUUUCGAGUGAGAAUGAUUCACAUUCUGUAUGUGGCCUUUUAUAAUGCAAAUACAUGAAUUUGUGUAUGCAGUAUGCUUGAAUACCAAUGUGUAUGUGUGCUUGUUGUUUCAGUGCAUGUUUCUGUUAGAUCACUGUGCAGCUUUAGCCUGAGUUUUUGGAUGAAACAAAGCAGAUGAAGUAUGUUUUAGCCCACUGAGAGUCAUGUAAAAACAAUUACUGGCUUUUUACUUAUUCUCUGAAUUUACCACACCACACGAGGUGUACAAGGAUUUUUUUUAUGUUAUUUUCUUUCAAUAAGACUGAACUUGCACUCAGCAGCUUUUUAUCAUGUCAUGUGUCAAUCCACUUCACAUUAUUUUACUUUUGUUUCUUGGCCAGCGUUAAGCUGGCGCGUCUGUUAAUCCUAAAUGCAAAUGGAGGAAGGGUGUAAUAGUUCGACGAGAAAGGUGAAAUCCACUACUUGUACAUUGAAUAAUACUGUGUCAAAAAUGACACAGAUCUAUGCUGAUAAAUGAAUCCCUGUUAGGGAGAUCAAAGUAAAGGGCGAGCUGCAAGGGUAUCUUUGGAGUUCGUGGGGAUCGGUAUCUUGCUAACAUGAGACCUCCAGUCGGGUGGUUUGUCAAACCACCAUGCCACGCAUACUGUUUUCCUCUAUUGUUCCAACAGCGCAGGGGAGACAUCUACAUUUUAAAGUUGCAAAUUGCAACAGCAUUUUGGCAUCCUAGCAAAGACCUUGUUUACCAUCUUAACAAUGCCUCAUGCACAGAAAAAAAGAAAGCAAUGUAAAUUUUAAGGAAUCAGAGAAGAUUUCAUCACUUAACCAGUCAAAGUUUGUUGAGGAAUUAACAUCCAACCAAGAUGUUCACAAAUCCUCUAUGAUAACCGAGAAAAGCUUCAUGAUCUUCCUUUCUCUGUGAGCUAUAAUUACACUUGCACAGCCCAACCCAGCCCUGCUGCAAACAGACUUUUAUACUUGAAUUACCAUUAUCAUCAUCUCCAAUAAUAACUUCAGCUGUUGGGUUUAGGUGGGCCUGCAGGUGCUUCGCAAGCUAUGACCAGGGUCAGGAGAGAAAAAAUAGUUGUGAAGAUAUAUAUUUUUUAAUUAUUAUUCCAGUAUUAAUGUUGUUAUAGCCCACAUAGCUAAGGGCCUACCCAUGCUUUAAUUCUCUCUUAUGUCACUGUACUUAUUCUGCAGUCCGACAUGUCUCUGUUUUUUUGACAUUUGUAUUUAAUCAGCUUGAGUACUCUCUUUGUUCUGUCUUCAUCUUUGCACCUGCUUGCUCUGUUUGACCACCUCUUUCUCUUCCUCUUAACUUCCUGGUGUAUUCUGCAGUCUUUGUAUUCUUGUCUUUUUCUUCCUCAUCCCCCUUAAAUAUGAGAUAUCUCCACUUACUCACUUUAAAAAAAAAAAAAAUGUACUUUGAUUUUCAAAAUGACCGUUUAAAAAGUCCUCAAUUUUCCUGUCAUGUGUGUCCAUGUUGUAAAUAGAACAAUGUAAACAAAGUAC